AUGGAUACUAAGAGGGCCGUACAUCUUUACAAUUUGGCACUUUAUAACCCACUCAACGCCAUCCUGUCGAACCAUGCGGUGACCAUAGAUAAUUUUGCCUAUGAAAAUGGAAUCAAUAUGCCUGCGGGCAUCACUCACUGCUCCAGUUGUGGAAUCAUGCACAUUCCUGGAUUGACCAGUUCCAGUCGGAUAACAUAUACGAGAAAAUCAAAGGAAAAAUCGAAGCCUUCCUUCCGUAGACGCCAGUACCAAGUGACGUGUUUGGUAUGUCACAGCAAAAUCACAAGGGCCGACCUUUUGAACAAGAAACGUGCUGUUGAUGCUCCUACUGCACGGACUGACAAGAAGAGGAAGAAGAAGAGAUCAGAACUUGCAUCGAUGCUUGCUUCGAAAAAGGAGCAAGACACAAAGAAACCGCUUAGUUUAUUCGAAUUCAUGCAAUAG